AUGGGUCAAGUAUCUAACGAGAGACAAGCUAUACCAAUUUCCGAUUUGAGCGUCGAUCAACUUACUUAUUUACAGCGGCAGCUUGAUCAAGAAAUUAAUUUUCUUACUGAGUCUUUGAAGGAACUUAGAGUUUUCGAAUCGAAAUUUGCUGCGAGCGAAGAAUCUGUUGAUAAAGUUAAUAAAAUUUCGAAGAGUAGCGAAAUUUUGGUGCCACUGACAGAAUCAAUGUAUAUUCCUGCAAAAAUAGCGGAUCCUGAAACUCAUCUAGUUGAAAUCGGUACUGGUUAUUUUGUGGAGAUGAGUACCGCCAAAGCAGUAGAUUAUUUUAGGCGGAAACAAACUUUUUUGAAAAAUCAGGUCAGUUUUCUAGAAAUAGUUAAACUUCGUCAUUCUAAUAAGUAGUC